ACAGCCGCAGACAAUGUCAUCAGAACAGCAACACCUAAAUGCCACACCACAGCCACAUGACUUGCUGAGACAGCAGUUGAUGGAGAGACUUCUUACCAAACUGCAAUCUGCCAUAAACCAACCACCACUAAAUUUGGAUUAUUUGGAGUUUCUGACACGCCAUGAGCUUAUUCUGUUUGAAUCGUUCUCUGAGCAGAUAGGCGGUGUAUCAAACAUUACAGAAGCACUACAAAACCUCUAUGAUGUUAUCAAAAGGGAAAUUAAUGCCAGAUCUAUGCCCAUUGUUGAACAGGAAACAGAGGUUGGUCCAGGUUCUGGUCACCACAAAAUUGUAAUAGAGAAAGAAAAACUAAAGAAUUUGCUGGACACACAUCUGCCAGUCUCCUGCAUUGCAAAAUUGUUGUGUGUUUCAAGGAGAACAAUUUACAGAAGAAUCCAAGAAUUUGGCUUAUCUGUAAGAGGAUCAUACAGCACAAUGACUGACCAAGAGCUUGACAACAUGAUUUCAGCCAUCAAAAGUCAGAUGCCAAAUGCUGGUUAUCGAAUGGUUCAAGGCCAUUUGGUGUCAAUGGGUCUCCGCAUUCAGUGGUGGAGAAUGAUGGCCUCUAUGCAUCGGGUUGAUGCUGCAGGGAUCUUCUUACGGCUCACAGAACUAGGUUGUGUUGUGCGAAGAAGUUAUUCUGUGCGAGGCCCUCUGUCCUUGGCCCACAUUGACACAAAUCACAAACUGAUCAGAUACAACAUUGUCCUCUUUGGAGGAGUGGAUGGCUACUCAAGGAAGAUCUUGUACUUGGAUGCUGCAACAAAUAACAAAGCAGCAACUGCAUUCUCAUUCUUCCUGAGAUCAACCCAGCUUCAUGGCUUACCAUCAAGAGUAAGGGGGGAUCAGGGUGUUGAGAACGUGGACAUCGCACACUUUAUGUUCGCCACAUGGGGAACAGGAAGAGCCAGCUUUAUCUCGGGAAAGAGUGUCCACAAUCAGAGGUAA